AUGUCGACAAAGACAGCGCCCGCAACGGCGGGCCCCAUUAAGCUGGAGAAUACGGCGAAGCGUGAUGCCCUGCAAGCGCUGGAAGCCAAGUACCAAGCGCAAUGGAAAGAGGCUCAUACGUUCGAUGUGGAUUCGCCUGUGAACAAUGCCGAGCUGCGUGAUAUGACCCCAGAGGAGGUGCGUGCGAAGUACCCCAAAUUCUUUGCUACGAUUCCGUACGCCUACAUGAACGGCAGUCUACACUUGGGUCACGCGUUUACGCUGUCCAAGGUCGAGUUCGCGACUGGCUACGAGCGCAUGUGCGGCAAGCGCGCAUUGUUCCCGUGGGCGUUCCAUUGCACGGGCAUGCCGAUCCGUGCAGCGGCCGACAAGCUCAUUCGUGAGAUUGAGAUGUUUGGCGAGGACUUUAGCGGAUUUGAGGCGGCGCAGGCGAAAGCGGCCGAGGAAGAGGCGGCCAAGGCCAAAGAUGAGAGCUCGCAGCGUGUGGACAAGGCGACGAAGGGCAAGUUGGCCGGCAAGUCGACCGGACUCAAGUACCAGUUCCAGAUCAUGGAGAACAGUGGCGUGCCACGUGAGGAGAUCAAAAAGUUUGCUGACCCUACCUACUGGCUGCGCUACUUCCCGCCGAUCGCGAAGCGCGACUGCAAUGACUUUGGUCUGCGCAUCGACUGGCGUCGUGCGUUCUUGACGACCGAUGUGAACCCGUACUACGACUCGUUUGUGCGCUGGCAGAUCAACAAGCUGCGCAAGAUGGACAAGAUCAAGUUCGGUGAGCGUCUGACGAUCUUCUCGAUUAAGGACGACCAGCCAUGCAUGGACCAUGACCGUUCCGAUGGUGAAGGUCUUGGGCCGCAGGAGUACACGGGUCUGAAAAUGAAGGUCGUGCAAUGGGGCAAGGACGCUGCGCCGUUGCUGGACGAGAAGCUGCAGGGCAAGAAUGUGUACUUUAUCGCGGCGACGCUGCGUCCUGAGACGAUGUACGGCCAGACCAACUGCUUUGUGGGCCCGAAGAUUGAGUACGGUGCGUUCCGUAUCAACGACAAGGAUGUGUUUGUGUGCACGGAGCGUGCGGCGCGCAACAUUGCGUACCAGGGCGUGACGGACGAGCGUGGCCGUGUGGAGUGCUUGGCACAGAUGCCUGGCUCGGCACUCGUUGGCACGUUGCUCCAUGCGCCGUCGAGCGUGCAUGGCAACGUGUACGUGACGCCUAUGGAGACGGUCAUUGCGACCAAGGGUACAGGUGUCGUGACGUGUGUGCCCAGUGACUCGCCCGACGACUAUGCCACGCUGAUGGACCUGCGCAAGAAGGCCGAGUUUUACAACAUCGACCCGCAGUGGGUCGCUUUGGACCCGAUUCCUGUCGUCCAGGCCCCGGGCUACAGCGAUAUGAUUGCGGCGGACCUCGUGAAGCAGCUGAAGAUCCAGAGCCCGAAGGACAAGAACCUGCUGGCCGAGGCGAAGGAGAUUGCAUACAAGCAGGGCUUCUACAAUGGUGUGAUGCUCCAGGGUCCCUACAAGGGCGAGCCUGUGAUGGAGGCCAAGGCGAAGGUCGCAGAGGACCUGAUCCGCUCGGGCGAUGCAUUUGCCUACGCUGAGCCGGAGGGCAAGAUUACAAGUCGCAGUGGCGACGACUGUAUCGUGGCCCUGUGCGACCAGUGGUACUUGGACUACGGUGAGCCCUUGUGGAAGGCGCAGGCGGAGAAGCUUCUUGCGCAGAUGAACACGUUCCAGCCGGAGACGCGUCACUCGUUCGAGGGUGUGCUCGGCUGGCUGCAUCAGUGGGCGUGCGCGCGUUCGUACGGUCUGGGCUCGAAGCUGCCAUGGGACCCGCAGUUCCUGGUCGAGAGUCUGAGUGACUCGACGAUCUACAUGUCGUACUACACGGUGGCGCACCUGCUGCAGGGCGGCGUGGAAGACGGCAGUCAGGUGGGCCCGCUGGGCAUUGAGGCGAAGGACAUGACCGACGAGGUGUGGGAGUACGUCUUGGGCGAGAGUGAGCUGCCGGCCGAUGCGCCUGUGCCGAAGGACAAGGCAGAGAUCCUCCGUCGUGAGUUCCGCUACUUCUACCCGAUGGAUCUGCGCUCCUCGGGCAAGGAUUUGAUCAACAAUCACUUGACGUUCUGCAUUUACAACCAUGCGGCGCUCUUCCCAGAGUCGCUGUGGCCCAAGGCGAUGCGUGCGAAUGGCCACUUGAUGCUCAACGGUGCGAAGAUGGCGAAGAGCACCGGCAACUCGCUCUCGCUGCGUCAGGCGGUCGACAAGUUCGGCGCGGACGCGACGCGUGUGAGUCUGGCCGAUGCCGGUGACGGUAUUGAGGACGCUAACUUUGAGGAAAAGACAGCGAAUGCCAACAUUCUGCGUCUGCACACGCUCAUCGACUGGUGCACAGAGGUCAUGGAGCAGAUCAAGGCCGGUCAGCUGCGUUCGGGUCCGCUCGACUCGUUCUGGGACAAGGCGUUCGAGAACGAAAUCAACAUUGCGAUUGAGGCUACGCGCGAUGCGUACGAGCGCGCGGCGUACAAGGAGGCAUCGAAGUUGGGCUUCUACGAGUUCCAGUCUGCGCGUGACCUGUAUCGCGAGGCGACGGCCGACGUGGGCAUGCACGCCGACUUGAUCCGCCGCUGGAUCGAGACGCAGGCGCUGCUUAUCGCGCCGAUUGCGCCGCACUUUGCCGAGCAUGUCUGGCGCACGAUCUUGGGCCACGACUCGACUGUGCACGAUGCACUCUUCCCGCAGCCGAGCAAGCCGGAGGACGCGGCGAUGACGGCCGCUGCGGCGUACGUCCGCGGCACGAUCAAGACGAUUCGUGAUGCGGAGAUUGCUGUGACGCGCCGCAAGGCCAAGGGCCCUUCGGCGCCGGCGAAGUACGAGGAGCGCAAGCCGAAAGAGGUUUCGAUCUUUGUCGCGGACGCGUUCCCUGCUUGGCAGGACAUUUGUGUGAGUGCCGUGCAGAAGCAUUACGAUGCCGCGACGGGCAAAGUGGACGAUGCGAAGGUGCGUGAGGAGAUCGCUGCGGCUGGUCUGCUCAAGGACAAGAAGGCCAUGCCGUUUGUGAUGGCGUUCAAGAAGCGCAUCGCCGAGUUUGGUCCGGAGAUGGCCUUCAACCGUCAGCUGCCGUUUGACGAGACGGCGACGCUGAAAGCGGCGUCAGGCUACCUGAAGAAGACGCUCAACUUCCGUCAAGUGCACAUUGAGAGUGCCAAGGAUGCGCUCACACGCGCGGACGAACUCCAAGGCAAGCACGGCUUUGACAAGACGGUUGUCGAGGGCGCCGAGCCUGGCGCGCCCUCGUUCGCGUUCUACAAUGUGGAGGCGUAA